AUGUCACUAUUAUCAUCACUGCGCACGCCCUGCCGACGGGCGUUCGCCCAACAGACACUCGGCCUGCGCACAGCGGGCAGGCGCAACGCCUCCCACGGAGCCCCCCAAUACAACGAACCCUCAGGCUGGCUCUUCGGCGAAAAGCCUCCCCCACCCGGUCAGAAACGUGUCAAGGAAGACUGGGAAAACAUUUGGGUUAUUGGGAUGUUCGGCUCGAUGGCGUUCGCAACGGUGAUGCUCUACUAUAAACCCGACACCAGUAUACAGACGUGGGCUCUUAAGGAAGCAAAAGCUAGGAUGGAAGCUCGGGGAGAGAAAUACCAAUACGAGCCCUCUACGCCCUAA